GUCCAAUUUUCCAGUCGUGCAGUUAUAGACUGAAUGUCAUUCAGCCGCCCGCUGGUGUCUUCUUUCUUUGGAUGUCGAUUUACUAUUAAGCGACUCAAUCACUGAAGGCUGUAAAGUCAUGGCUUCCUCCAGCGUUGUGUCUGAAAAAAGCCUCACAUGUACCAUAUGUCUGGACGUGUUCACUGACCCUGUAACCACUUCCUGUGGGCACAACUUCUGCAUGGUCUGCAUCCGAAGCCACAGAGACUGCAGUCCAUGCUCGAAGUGCCCACUGUGUGGGAAGGCAUUGGAUUCAAAACAAGAUUUUAACAUAAACAGAACCAUUAAAGAAUUUGCCGAAGGCAUCAAAAGAAAAAGAAUCCUGGAGAUGGCUGAAGUGUCCUGUGAUAGUUGCCCAAAGAAGAAAAUGCGGACUGCAAUUAAGUCAUGCUUACACUGUGGAACCUCUUUCUGUGAGUCUCACUUGGAGCCCCAUAAAACUGCAGAAAAACUCACGAAACACAAACUAAUUAACCCUGUGAAGAAUCUUGAGGAAUACAUUUGCAAGAAUCAUGAAAGACCUCUGGACCUUUACUGUAAAGAUGAUCAGACAGCCAUCUGUCAGUUCUGCAUCGAGAGUGACCACAGGACUCAUAAAACUGUUCCUCUGGAGAAGGAGAGUUUGAAAUUGCUGAUGAAUAAAAAGAUUGCAGUGCAGCAGAAAAUUCAGGAGAAGUUGCGGAAGAUUAAAGAAAUUAAACAUUCUGCAAGGUUUAACAAACAAGCCAAAGAGAAGGAGAUUGAAGAGAACAUCAAGUUUUUUAAGGAUGUCUUUGACAGAAGCAAUACGGAGCUACUUGAGCUCACAGAGGAAAAGCAUAAAGAAACAGAGAGACGAGGAGAAGAGCUCAUCAGAGAGCUUGAUGAAGAGAUUGUGGAGCUAAAGAAAAGACAAACUGAACUGGAGCAGCUCUCACAUCCAAUGGAUUUUACACAAAUUAUUAGCCUCUUGCGCAACCCCAUAUACACCAACCGCUCAAAAAACAUCAGCAUCGGUGCUUUUGAACAUGGAGGUAUUCUGAGGAAGACCAUAUCACAUCUUCAGAGUGUACUGGAUGAGAAAAUGAGAGAAACUGUUGGCAGAGAGCUGCGGAGUUUACAACAUUAUGCAGUGGAUGUGACACUUGACCCUGACACAGCUCACCCUGAACUCAUGUUGUCUGACGAUGGGAAAAAGGUCUGGAAUACAGGCAAGAAGAUUCCUGACACCCCAAAAAGGUUUAAUUAUUGCUCGUGUGUCUUAGGAAAGGAAGGGUUUUCCUCACAGAAAUUUUACUAUGAAGUUCAAGUCAGUGGGAUGGAGUGGGAUUUAGGUGUGGCGAAAGAAUCCAUUGACAGAAAAGGGGAUAUUGGGCUUAACCCUGAGAAUGGAUAUUGGACUAUAUGGCUGAGGAACGGGGAUGAGUAUGCAGCGAAUGAUUGCACCCCUGUCCCCCUCACCUUAAAAGAGAAGCCUGGGAAAGUGGGAGUAUUUGUGGAUUUUGAGGGGGGUUUGAUCUCGUUUUAUGAUGUUGAAGCCAGGUGUCAUAUCUAUUCUUUCACUGGGCAGUCUUUUCCUGAAAAUCUCUAUCCAUAUUUCAGUCCUGGAGAAUGUAAGAAAGGGCAGAACUCACAUCCUCUGAUCAUUACACCUGUUGACUCAGUCGAAUAAAUCAACUAUUAAAAUUGAAUGUUAUGCAAAAGUCUUUGUAUAGUCUUAACUUCAUGAUGUUAAUUGCAAAUAUGACCAUACUUUAUUUCUUCUCUGAAUUUAACAAUUAAUGAUAAUUAAUCAAAAGAAUCAGUUCAUUCUUUUUAAAAAUAUGUAUUUCUAGUCUGUCACAUUGUUUGAAUUUGAAUGUAUUUGUUGUAAGCAGAUAAGGAUAAAAAUGAAAAUAAAUGUAUGUAUAACAGA